CGUCUUUUGCGGCGUCGUCUGCGCGUCCGUCGGCGCCUACUACGUCUACAACGGCAAGACGCACUCGACCACCGGUGACAUCGUAAACCAGAUCCAGCAGUCGCCCGGUCUCCGUGUCCAGAUCCAAGCCAAGCGCUCCAGUAUGGCCUUCAACGGCCAGACGUCGGCGACGGUCUAUGUCGUGCCGCGCGCCGGGUCGGGUGCCAACCUCAAGUUUGACGCGUUCUUGUCGCAGCCCGGUCCCGAGGUCACGGCCAACUACAUGUUGCUCGACGACCGCGCGUACUGGUCGAUCGUCAAGGACAAUGCGACCGUGGCCACGGGGUGCUUGAACCCGGACCAAGUGCCGCCCGUGCAGCUGAUGCAAUCGAGCCUCGAAGACUCGGUGGCGGUCACGAGUGUGGACGGCCAGACCAUCGAGUGUCCGUCGGGCAAGCUCCUCGAGCUGCAUACUUGA